UAUCUGGAACAAAAAGAAAAAAUUCAGCUUGUAUAAUAAUUCAGUCGAUUUUUUGGGGGUUCCAGCCUAAGGGCCUCUUGCAAAAAUGAAAUGUUUAGUGCUGACAACGUCUUGGUUCAGUUUUAGACUUAGCUUAAGUUAACGUAGGCCAUGUCUCACAAAGGAUAUAUUGAGGAGUAAAAACUAAAAUGACAUUGCGGUUUUUCUUACGAAAUAACUGUAAACGAAAUUUCCCCUUGAAUCUUUAUAUUUAUUUUAGGGAUUUUAAUUCUCUCCUUGGUAAAAGUUUUGAAAGUCAUCACUGGAAACAAAUAUAAUGAAAAUAACGUAUUCAACUGAGCAGGCACCUCGCGCUAGCUAAUUUCAGUAAUUAGUGUUACUGCUUACAUUGCUAAAGUUCUUUAAAUAUGAAAAAUCAUUGCCAGUUUGCCUUUUUAACAAGCACAUGCUUGAAAGAUAAUGUAAUCGAAACGAAACGAAUAGGCAAAUACCAACAUCUAACCAGAUGAGAAAAGAAAGGGACAUUGAAUAAAAAACAAAGAGGAAGGACGACAGUGAAAGGGGAAUGUGGGAAAACUAAUGUAGAGAAGGGGAUAAGACAAAACUCGCCCAAGAGAGUUAUUACUGGAAAAAUUUCUUUUUGAUGAAAGAAGGUCAAAAAUCAGAAAAACUUAUAUACCCUUGACGAAAAGUAUGUUAAAAGUAUCAAAUAUCCAAAACAUGAAAAGAAACGGAAUCAUAUGUAAAUGCAUCGUUAUGGUAAUCUAAUGUUGAUUUUUUUAACAAGCAAACAUAAUAAAUUCUGGCACGACUACAGAUAUUAAGGGACACAUCUAUACAAAAAAUGCGGUUACACAAUUAUGAAUGAAAAUGAUGUGACUCUAAAGUAAAAAAUGAAUUUUUGAAGAGUUAGAAGAAUAGACCACUAAUUCAUAAAUUUUGCACAAAUCAAUUUUAAUCGCCCGGGGUAUAACUGGCGUCGAGAUUUUGUUUUGCCCCUCUAUGCGAAAAGACGUUGUAGUAAUUCAGAAUGUGACGUCAAACAAAUGAGCAUAUGGUAUAAACAAUCCCAACGGAUCGCGUAUUCAACUCAGUUGAGAGUUUGACUGCGCAAACUCUAUCUAAGCAAAUCUAAACACAAUUUCAAACACACAGUCUAUACGAAAAAGUACGUACAGGGGAUUGGAUAUUUGCUAUUUUGGAGCUCCGCAGUGAAAAUCAGUAAAACUACGAUGAAUAAAAUCAUCAUUCUUGGACAAUAUUGUGUAAAUAAUUUGCUAUGAAGGAUAGACACAUUAUAACUGAGAAAACGCAAGAGAAUGGUACUAAAGGUGAAAGAGCCGCUAAGUUAUUGCACCUCUACGAGGGCGUAUUAUAGUCCUAUUUCGAACCCGUCGAGAAAAUUUCUCAAAAUUCAGACGAAAAAUACCGGUUGCUAUCUUCGCGCAAAGAUUGAAAUUUUCAUAUAAAAAAGAAGCGCCCCAUGUGCUCUUUUAGCCUCUGUGUGUACUUUUUGUAAAUCGAAAAUGAGACGUAUGCAAUAUUGAAGACAGUAUGACAUGUCCUUGUACUAGCCUACGAACGCUGUACUGAUGCACUAUCGAUAUCCGGGGACUUGCUGUUUUGAAAUCCAAAAGGCCGGUUCGAAACUUGAACAAAAGAGAAAAAUAAGACACUCAGUGCAAUCAUAUAAGGUUUAUUGUGCCAGAAUCAUGAGUUCCUUUUUUUUUUAUACUCAAAAGCAUGUUUUAGAGAGGAAAAUUGUUAGAAAUUUGAUGAAAUUUAUCGCUGCGGCCUAUCCAAAACAAUUGGCGUUGAGGGUGAAUGAAAACUACUGUCUUUUGUCCAAGUACUUUUCCACCUGAACCCAAUGUGCCCAAAUACUUUUCCACCUGAACCCAAUGUGUCCCAUCAAUGAUGGCACAGAAGAUACGGAUCACUUUUUGCUGCAUUGGAAUUUUGCAGAGAACAGUGACAUAACUUCUCACUGCUGUAAAUGAUGUGCUCCAAAUUUAUGAAAGUUCUGUACCUCAGCACAAAAAUAAUUUCCAGCUUUUUUAUACAGAGAUAAAAAUUUUCAAUUCGAAGCGAAGGUAAACUUGAACUUAACGAUUAAGUUCAUUUUGGAUAGAGAACGCCGGAAGCUAGAUAUCGAUUUUCCCCCUUAAAUGUCCCCAUACUCUCAACUUGUCCAAUAGACCUCUUUCACGCGGCAGCCACUAAGAUAUAAAAACGAGGCUAAAGCCACAAGAUUCUCCGGUCUACUGAUGGCGGAAAUGGAAUCGUUUGAUGACUACCCGCAAAGACGAAGACGAAAUCAACAACCUACUUUCCAACAACAACGACAACAAGGUAUCGAUGUUUCUGUGACAGACCUUGACCGUAAGUCACACAGACGUACAAUAACCCCUUCAACUACGAUUGAAGUCCUUGCAAGUGGAUUCAGAGAGUCAUCCCAAGACGUUUACUUUGUUCAUUGUGGGAAUGUUUUGACAGAUCUAAGUUUACAGAGGGUCGCCAGAGGUAGCACAAUUGAAAUGAAGAGAGCCCAGGAAGCCGUGUUAUGCUGUUGCUUGUUACUUGGAUACUGUACAGGAUUCGAUGCAUGGUUGAGGCAACUUGAUGGCACUUACAUCUGUAUAAAGAUUACACCAUCACUUACAACUCGUGAACUGGCAAAUUGGUUUCGGGUUUCACCUCAAAAAGUUGGCUUCCAUCAUCAAGGGGCUACUUUGACAAAUCAAAUCUUUCAGCAGGUCAAAAAAGGUGGCGGCAUAGGCAUGUAUUUGAAAUGAGGCAGGUGAACGAAAAUGAUUAAGAAGAUGAAAAACGGACAUCAUUAGAUUAUAGCUUAGCAUAACAACUGUACGGUUACUGCGUAGUUUUAUACUGUUAUAUUGUAUACACCGUCUAAGAGGGUAGUUGUAUCUCACCAUUUCAGUUUUAAUGUGCAACGCAUAA